UGAUUUUUUUUUCUAUUUUUCUUUGGCCCCUAACCCCGCGGUUAAUAAAAUUAAGGCCUAGCCAAAUACGCGGUAUAUUGUUUUUAUGGAUAAUAAUAACAUAAUGAAUGAUCAACCCACAAAAAUGAAAAUCGCAAAAAUUUAUUUUACUGGAAUUGUUUCUAUGUUAGAAAUUUUAGCGAAACGCUGAAGUAGGCGCGAUAUAUUUCGGAUUUACAGUAUAACCACGGUGAAAAUCAGGUUAUCUUUCAGGGACAAUGGGUGAUAUGAAUAAGGACUAGCAAAUGCUUUUAUCUAAAACUCCAUGUACAUUUACACUAGGCUUUUCUGUACAAAAUUGAAGUAAAAGCAGUUGCUAGUCUUUAUUCAUAUCACCCAAUGACUCGACAGCGAUUGGCCCGUCAUGAUCGUAAGGGACAAAUUUGAUUGGCCACGAUAGAAAAAACAUCCAACUUCGUUACGUAGCAAUUGACAUGCAAGACUAACUGUCACAUUAGAAAACAUAUCCAUUGUAUAAAUCUGGAGAAGAUGUCAACAUUAAUCAUUUCCAUCGGUUGCACAGCGCGAAAGCUGGUACAGGUGUGCAAGGGAUAGUAGUCCUAGGGCUGAUAGUCCGUGUAACAAUAGCCCGCAUUGCUAAAUGUUUUGGUUAGGGUUAGCGGUACAAUAGAUCAUGCUGCUUAAUUGGUCAAAUACAAUGCUACCGGACUAUGACUCCAGGGGGACUAUAUCCGCUGUCACACCGGAAUGCUGGUAUCUUUGAACAGAAACGCAUCGUUGAGACCAAAGGUGGGUCUGUGGAAUUGCUUUUUUCCUACGAGCAUCAUGAAGCUCUCCUGGGUCCCUGUCGGUAUCAAAGCUAUUGAAGUAUCAUCAAGUUUACGCGUGUGAUUUGACAGAAAUGGAUUAGGAAGUCCGAAGACGUGUGAAUGCAAUAUAGAAUAUUUAGGUUACAGUUCCUAGCAAUUUAAUCUAUGGGUUCAGCCCCAUUACUCAUCAGGAUUCACUCGAACAUAGGCGAUGCCAGUGCAACUGGGGUGACGAAAUCUGGCUUGGGAAGGCCUAAUGUUCUCGACUAGUAUAUACCAUCAUCUGAACCGUGCACCCAUCUCAUAACUCGUACUGUGUGUACAAGCUAGCAGAGAGCACCUUUGUGCUCCAGUAUUUCCAAUAGGGAAUAACAUAGGAUAACUCAUGCAAUAUGAAUCUACAUGUAUAUGUACAGGAACGUUGACAAGAUAUUUCUUUGCAUGUUCGACAGUACGAAAAACUCUUUAAGUGUUCCUAAAAGGAUUAUCCAACAAUUCGAUUAGUGAGCUUGUGACGACCGGCUCAUAAUCAAGUGCAAUGGCGACCGGAUACACUCCACUGACAACUAAGAAGGAUGAUGCUAAGAAUAGGUUCAUCAUGCUGAAAGUCCUCAAGGAACUCAGCGGUAAAAAUACGUUCCGGCCCAUAUCAGAGGAAGCGUCGAGCAAGCGGGGCAACAGACGACACAGCGAGCAACCGAACAACCACACGGACAAGGACGCCAGCGACGACAAUGAGCCAAAAAUCGAGAGCUUCUCCACAGUGCCGCAUACGGGGGCGGACCGGGCGGUACCGAAAUUUAUCAUCCUCCAUUACAGUCCGUUCAAAGCGGUGUGGGAUUGGGUCAUUCUGUUACUUGUUUUAUACACGGCCGUGUUCACGCCAUACGUCGCCGCAUUCCUCCUAAACGAGGACGAGACCCGGAUGAAGCUAAACAAAGACUCGUCGACCCGGGUAAAAAAUGCGGACGAUAAUCCGGCUGAUCCCUUAGUAAUUAUUGACCUCAUCGUUGACAUCAUGUUCAUCGCGGAUAUUUUAAUUAACUUCCGGACUACUUAUGUACAUAAUGGUGAAGUGGUCGCGGACCCGCAGAAAAUUGCCAUAAACUAUGUGAAAGGUUGGUUCCUAUUGGACGCCAUCGCUGCUAUUCCGUUCGAUUUGCUGUUAUUCGGAUCAGGGACGAGUGAUACAAUGACAGUGACAGGGGUCUUGAAGACAGCGAGACUCCUCCGCCUUCUCCGAGUCGCCAGACGAAUCGACCAAUAUUCCGAAUACGGAGCUGCUGUUUUACUGUUGCUCAUGGCAACCUUCACGCUCAUCGCUCAUUGGCUGGCCUGUAUUUUCUAUGCAAUCGCGUACAUCGAGCGCCCUCUUUUAGCAAGUAAAGUAGGCUGGUUGGACUACUUGGCAAAUAAGACGCAUAUGUACUAUUAUGUGAACGACACGCAAUCAGGACCAGAUAUAAAGACUAAAUAUAUUACGGCGCUGUAUUUCACUUUCACGAGUUUAACGAGUAUAGGAUUUGGAAAUAUAGCACCGAAUACGAACGCUGAGAAAAUCUUUUCCAUAUUUGCUAUGCUUCUAGGAUCCCUCAUGAGUGCCGCCAUAUUCGGUAACGUCUCUUCCAUCAUGUUGCGUCUCUACCAAGGUACCGAGGAGUACCACGAACGCCAGACCAGCAUCAAAGAGUUUAUCAAGUUCCAUCAUAUACCGAAAACCUUAGCUAAUCGACUACAAGAAUCACACCAGCAUACGUGGUCAUAUACUAACGGGAUAGAUAUGAACAGCGUUUUAAAGAACUUCCCAGAUUGUCUUCAAGCAGACAUUUGUCUACAUUUGAAUCGGAACUUAUUAAACAAUUGUUGUGCUUUCAAAGGUGCAAGUCCAGGGUGCCUGAGAAUCCUUUCACUGAAGUUCAAGUCAACACACGCGCCGCCUGGCGACACUUUAGUACACCCAGGGGAUGUGUUGGACGCCAUCUACUUCAUCGCGAGGGGUUCUAUCGAAAUACUCAAGGAGGAUAUCGUCAUGGCCAUAUUAGGAAAGGACGACAUCUUCGGCGAAAAUAUAAAAGAUAUUUACGAGGGCGGGAUCCCUGGAAAAUCCAAUUAUUGUGUCCGUGCACUUUCGUACAGUGACUUGCAUAAAAUAGAGAUUGAAGACCUGACGGAAGUGCUCGACAUGUACCCAGAAUUCGCUGAAGGCUUCCUGGAUAAGUUUCACGUGACCUUUAACCUGCGAGCGACCCACGCAGCGGGUGAUUUUAUACAGCGGACGACCACUUCUAAACUCGAUGACGAGACCUUGCGUUUUAUUCGCCAAAAACGGCCUCGGCUGCAGUGCAAGGGUCGAGGACAAAUAACUCAGGAAGCGCUACCUCGAGACCCACAUCGAGGCGGCCUACAACGCGGAGGGAGCAAAGGGGGAAUGCGCCGGAAGACAGCAAUUCGGGCCCGCAGUUCUAGCGUAGAGCGGCCGCCGCUACCGGAGGUUGAAGGAGAGCCUUCCCGACGCCCUGGUGGGAUUCUUGAGAUCUCGCCAGACAAGGCCUCGCGAGAAAUGUUAAAAGCGACUCCGCGGCACCGGAGGAGUUCGCUUUCUUCCUUGACGGGCGCCCUAUCUACAGUCAAUAAUGUUAUCAACACAGUCUCAAGGCGAGAUCGUCGGCACAGCAGUCACUCACAGAUCCAACGACCCAAACCCGGCCAUCCUCUUCCUGGACGUACUACGCAUGUGCAGACGCAUGCGCCGCCAUCAUUCUCAGCAGCCACUCAAGCUCAAGUCAGUACGCAUGCGCACUCUGGUCUUUCGCCCAUAGCCUCGAUAUCCAGUUCGACGUCCUACAUCCCCAAGUCCAGUUCGAGUACAGGGCCACUCUCGCAGCAUUCUCCCAUAGAUUACGAGAUUUCCCACCAUCCAGAGAAGGCCGGGAUCACCAGCCUGACGGACAUUGACGACAGACUCGAGGCCAUAAACGAUCGUAUGCAAAACUUCGAGCACAAUCUAUGCACAACAGUCGACGCCAUCUUGGAAAUUCUCGGCCAUAAACCUCGUGUGCCGCGACCACAGACACUGAUGCCCACGUCACAACAUAAACAGUUCGCCUCCCCGUCGCCGUCGCGUUCGCCGCAGCCACGCCAGCGGCCGGAGAGGUCGCCGAAACCGAAAGGACCGAGAUUGAUUAAGUCACAGAGCGAACUCGAACGACUUUUAAGCCAGAACAUGUGAUGUUAGUCUCGUUCAGAUUUGAAUGCGUUGUUCGAGUUUGAUACGGAGUUGACUCGGGUUGUGCAAGUCGAUUACGUCACGGGGUUAUCGCUUUUCGUCUUGAACGCGGUACUCCUCACGGCCGCAGAAUUUUAAGGUAGAUCACUGGAGCAAAACUGGGACUAAAACACAGGCUCAAAAAUUGUUGUGUUAUACGUUUCGAACAUCCCGAUCAAUGCAUCACUAAGAAGCAUACCUGGGGACGCGAAUGGAAGUGAGGUUGCGUGACGUUUCCGACUUGUUCCACCUGGCGCUGACUCAUUUUCCGUGGGGUUAUGAAACAGUUGAAAAUGACUGCAAUUUUGGGGUUUGUUGGAGGGAGAACCACACGGAAUACAGUAGUUUGGAGACCUCUCAAUUAAGCACAGCAUAUCUCGGUCCCAGUGUCUCCUAAUUACAUGAAUUACCGCGGUCGAAUUCAAUUGAAAUGACCAAUCUUGGACUUUUAGAAUGAAGAUAUUCUGGUCUCGAAUCAUUCCAAGCUGUCACAGCGGUACAUUUUAUUCAGAAACUUGCAUAGGCGGGGAUCCUAAGUCAGGCCAAGAGAUGCAAUGUUCGCGUAAUUUCACCCAUCAUCCCGCGAGUGCGAGAAUACGGCCUUGUGCGAGAUUUCAUACAUAUUUCAUACUCGACAUCGUACGCCGUUGGUCUAGCUCUUCCGAGUGUGUAAAGUUUAUAUUGUUUCAAUGAUAUAUGGAAGAAUCAUAGAAGUGUCAUCCAAAGUUGAUUAGAUGCAGUAUUGAUCUCCCUAUAGCUGCAGAUCCGCUAUGAGCAGCAUUGUUUACCGAAUCAGACAUUCUAUUAAUGAACCCCAUUCAGUUGAUUUUGCUACACCAUGCAGUGUUUAAACCAGGGUAAAUCUUUUUGAAACUUUCCUUAUGGGUGUUGAUAAGGAUGGAUGGGGUGAGUUGGCAGUUGGACUCUGCUGGUUUGCUAUUUCUGAUGUUGCCGUGACAGUUACUAGAGUGGUAUGCAAUCCUUUCAAUAUAAUGGCAGGACGCAAUGAGAAGCUCGGUAGUGGCGGCCAUUUUGAAAUACUCUAAACUAAUCCUCAUACUUUCAGUUCCGGGGGAUUUGCGAAAUCUCUCUAAUAGUUUGCAGAACCUGAAACGGUGACCUUGACCUGUCUACUCUUCAUCCGGCCAUCGAGUGAAAAGAACGGGUACUAAUCUAUAUCAUUCUUUCACAGCGAAUCGAUGUACUCGACAGUACGUUAAAGGGGGACUAUAGGUAGGAGCAGAGGGGCUAAUUUAGUCAUCUUCAGGUGACUAAUAUACACAGUAAGGGCCCUGGGUCAUGUCAGAUUCAACACUAAAUAUAUUCCUCGUACAAGCAUAAAUCAUUUCGAUAUUCUGUUAGAGGUGAGAGACCCCUUUUGGCGACUUCGUGUAACUUUAUCUUACCUGCCUAGCCGCUGCCUAUAUUGUCCCUUUAAUGGUUUACGCUCAGCAAAUUGGGAAAUGAUGCCCAAUUGCCUAUAAAUAGUUCCAGAUGAAUGGGCUACAUACCGCUGUUAGCUCUGGUCCUUUCGUACACAUACAUGUUGGUUUAUUUCUAAGUUAACUGCAACAGGAAAUUUGGCAGGUAACUAUGGAUGUGGAACAUCCCAACAAUAAUAACGGUACAUCUUGUAUAAAAACGGUACAUCUUGUAAAGUUUAUACUGUCAAUAUUGUUUAAUCUUUGUACAUAUCGAUGUACAUAUGUUCAGGAGGGCAAGUGACGUCAGAUUAAAGAAUACUUGUUGUUCA